CUAAAUAAAGUAUGCGAGUCAUUUAGGAUUCAUCCGGAAGAGAAGCGGUUCACGCGCCUGACGUACAAAAAAAACUACAACAAAGAUGGCGGCGCCCGUGGAAGAAGCGUUGGUCAGCACACACGUGGAGAAAAAGAAAAAGCCCCCAAAACGAUACUGGCAAGAAGCGAAAAACGAAGAUGACACAAAUACAGAUAAAGAGAAAAACAGUGAAGCACCAAAAGAAGUCACGGUCAAAAAACAAAGAAGAACUUAUAGAAAGUUCAUAUCAGGGAAAAAUGACCCUUUCCCUGGUGAGGCCCCUAUUCCAAAAGAGCAGUUGAAGAAAUUCCAGAGAGGCAAAAAACCUGAGAAGUUGUACAAAGCCAAACGGAGGGCGAAAGCGAUCAUCGCCCGGUCUGAGGCAGCGUCUGAUCUAGUACAGAAAGAGGCAGCAAGAUACGAUCUCCUACUCCCAGAGGAUGCUGGGUUCCUGGAGGGAGAUGAGGAUGAGGACACAUGCACUGUAUCACAGGAAGACAUCGCAGAGGCUGUUGAUAUUACAUCUGGAGCAAAGUACUUUAACUUGCAUCUGAACCAGUUUGGACCAUACAGACUAGACUACAGCAGAACUGGCCGGCAUCUGUUGUUAGGGGGAAGGAGAGGUCAUGUGAGCUGCAUAGACUGGCAGACCAAAAACCUUACGUGUGAGAUGAACGUCAUGGAAACAGUUCAAGAUGUCAAGUGGCUCCACACCGAGUCCAUGUUCGCUGUGGCUCAGAAAAAGUGGCUCUAUAUCUAUGAUUCCAAAGGCAUCGAGCUGCACUGCAUCAAAAAAUUCAACGACGUCCUACGCAUGCAGUUCCUCCCCUACCACUUCCUGCUUGCCACAGCGAGCGCCACAGGUUUCCUGCAGUACCUGGACGUGUCUGUGGGAAAGGAAGUGGCAGCAAUCUGCACAAAGUCUGGCAGGCUUGACGUGAUGGCACAGAAUCCCUACAAUGCUAUUAUCCACCUGGGACACCCGAAUGGCACCAUCAGCCUGUGGUCUCCCAAUCAGAGAGAGCCAUUAGUUAAAAUGCUGUGCCACAGAGGUGCAGUCCGUUCGCUCACCGUGGACAAAACGGGCACGUACAUGGUGACGUCAGGUCUGGACAGGAAGCUGGCUGUGUAUGACAUUCGAGCAUUUAAGCCACUUCAUACGUACUUCUUGCCUGCUGGAGCCUCCUGCCUCUCCCUCAGUCAGAGAGGACUGCUCAGUGCUGCUACUGGAGAUGUAGUACAGGUUUACAGAGAUGUGUGGGGAGGUGGGCCGAUAUCCAAGCCCUACAUGGCACAUCGUGUAAGGGGUUCAGUGUGGGGCGUUGGGUUUUGCCCCUUUGAGGACGUACUCGGUAUUGGACAUGGAGAAGGAUUCACAAGUAUGAUUGUGCCAGGUGCAGGUGAGCCAAACUUUGAUGCUCUAGAGGUAAACCCAUACCGCAGCUUAAAGCAGAGGCAGGAAUGGGAGGUCAAGGCUCUCCUGGAGAAAGUGCAGCCCGACCUGAUUGGCCUGGACCCAGGGCUGCUGGGUAAAGUGGACCAGGCCACGUUUGAACAGAAACAAAAAGAAAGAGUGGAGGCAUUGGGCUACGAUCCUCUAGCAAAUAAAAAGUUUGAGCCAAGAUUUAAAAAGAGAGGCAGAAGUGCAGCUGGUGCUGUGGAGAAGAGGAAGAAGAAAGUGGCCCAUGAGGAUCAGAGGGACGUGAUUCGGAAAACGGUGAACGAGAGAAUGGAGAAAGAAAAGAAGAUGAAGGAGAGUGCCAAGCAAAAGGCUGAGCAGGAGAGGAAGACUGCACUGGACCGCUUCAAGAAGUAGGAAGAAGCUUUGUGUCGACGACUUUACAGGAACAAAGGACUUAUUCAGAACGCUGGACCAGCCCCAGUGUUGAAAAAAUACACACACAGUGACUGUCUUCAAAUCCUGUAACCCAAGUGGCAUCUAACUUUAGGACUGCUUUCCGUCUUGUGUGUGAGACCAUGAGUCAUUUUUCUACCAAAUACAAACUGAGAAUUAUCUAAUAAAACUGAUAUGUAUUGAACUAUAAA